UCAAUUGACAGACGACAUCACAACUGUUUGUUUUCGCAUACCUACUUUCUGGAUUCCCUCUUGCGAAAUUUCGACUGUGCCUGUUCAGAAGUCUUCUUUUUGAGCAGAUCGCCUUCUAGUGCGCAAGGAUCAAUACUGUGACCGAGCCACCCACAUCCACCCUGGUUUUGACCUGCAAGAUACAUUGACAGGGGAAUACCAGAUCGAACAAGCCCAGACUGAUACAGACGAAAACACUCAAUUCACCUACAUUUUUCGUCGACCUGUCUGAUUUCGACGCUCGCUUUACCUUCCCUCCUUUCAUCACGUAGCGGUGUGUUUGCCUACCGCUAGGCAGGUAGAUGCCUUUCGGCAGGCGACUGCGAAAAUGGCGGAUUCCCACGAGCCACAGACCAAUACUGCAAUUGAGGGCUCCUCAAGCGUAGAAGCCGUCGCCAAUCCCUCACCUGCUUCUAAUGGGGACAAUUCUGCUGCUCCAUCACCAACAUUGGCCGCUCCCAACAUGGCGGAAGACAAUGCAUCACCAACAGCUACAUCAUCAUUAUCAUCAUCCACGCAAAAUGUCACGUCUACGUCACAACAACUCCAACGGACUGAAACGCCUGGUCCGCCAGCAGCAUCUGGAGGCGGAACUGCAGAGUCCUCAGCAUCGACCAACACUCCGACGUCUCCAGGGCCGCGCUACCAGCAACAAUUCUCUGCCGCGACGCAAAUGAUUCUCAACAGGAUAAGGGGCCAGAGCACCGGCGGCACAAGCUCUGCUAUAAGCUCGGCGGCUGCUAGCAUGACUCCCGGCGUGAUACAGCCAUCCACCUUUGCGGACGCAAAGAGGCGAUUGAUGGACAGUAUGAGCACUACUACGAUGCAGAUACCGGCUUCGACUGCAACGGCCGCAGCUUUUCCCAUUCCAAGCUCAGCUGCGAUAAACGCUCCCGCAUCAACAGCAAGAUUACCUGGUCAGAAUGAGGAGAAUGCGCGAUUCGACGUUCUCCCGGACGCUACUAACUUAGCCCACCUUCCAUCCGCUCCAUCUGCCCGAACUGCUAGCAUAAGCAAGUCUAAGGCAGCUUCGAGCAAGAGCGCAAUUGUGAAGGUCAAUGCCGGAUAUGCCCCAGGUCGGCAUGUUUCCAAAGCCGCUGCAGCCGCAAAGGCAGCAAAGGCAUCAUCUGCACCUAGCACGCCCGCGCCCGGAGGAUCGAAAACGGGCGGCGACAAGCCAGUGGCCCUUAAACGUGGACCUGGACGACCACCGGGAAGUGGCAAGCCGAAACCGCCGCCCUCUGGAAGAGGACCAGGAAGGCCACCUGGCUCGGGGAAGGGGAAAGGCACAGUUGCUAGCUCCAGCAAUAAGCGUAAACGGAGCGUGAGGGAUGAUGCGGGACGUGACGGAUCGCUGUCGUCGGAUAUUUCUGAUACGGAAUCACCGCGCAUGGCCCCCGCGGCAACCGCCGUCAGUUCGACGGCCUCGACCCCACUUACGACUACCAAGUCCGGGCGACAGAUCCAAAAGCCGGAGACAUACAAUCCUGUUCAGAUGGACCUGGUUAGCUCGGCAAGCACGAGGAGGACAUAUCAAACACCAGAGUCCAAGACGGCGGCGACACCCUGCAAGGCCUGCGGUAGAAUCGCCGAUACAAAGACAAACCUGAUUGUGUUCUGUGAUGGAUGUAACUACGCAUGGCACCAAAACUGCCACACUCCAAACAUUGACGACUCUUUUAUCAACGAAAUGGCCAAGGCGUGGCAUUGUGUCGGCUGCGCGACCAAGGCGGGUGAGAAGAAGGAGGGUAAGAAAGCAUCUAAGGCGGGAGCCCCCGCGGCGGCGGCUGAGCAGGCCGCUGUCACUGCUGCCGCUGCUUCCUCUGCCUCGACGAGUAGUCAUAGCGUCGGGACGAAGAGCACCGGGAAGGUCAGCUGGAUUAAGCGCACAUCCGGCCAGAAACGCGCAUAUCUGAGCAGUCUAUCUCACGCCGACUUGGUCGAGCUAGUCAUCCACUGCACGAAUCUGCACCCAAAUCUACCCAUAUUCCCUGCCGACGACACCGGCAGCGCCGUAGGGGUCCCUACAGGCCUUUUAACUACCCCCGCAUCUGGUUCUGGCCCCCGCACGGUAACGCCUACCACUAGCCGAAACCCGGCCGCCACUAUCAGCCUCUCGGCGAGACCGUCAGACGAAGGCAUAUGGGAGGACAUGCCGGGCAAUUACAACGCCUGGAAGCGGCCCGAUGCCAACGGCGCACCCACAACACGGAUCGGGGCGACGCUCAGGACAUUGGAGGCCAUGGCGAACGCGCACCUGGAGGAUCCGGACGAUCACGAAUCGUUCAGCCACACUGUCUACGACGACACGGGUCGUGCGGUGGAGGAAAACGGUGUUCUGCUGCAGUUACAGAACCAGGCCGGCGGUGCCCCGAUCCCGGUUGCGUAGGACGGCGGGAACAUGCAGCGAUUGGCGAACUAGGAGGAGCUGCAGCAAGACGAUGGCGGAGGCGGCAUCAGAGCUGGUGGGGAUAGUCGUCGGGAUGUUAAAGGGUCUACGGAUGUACAGAGCCGUGAGUCGCCGUGCACUACACAGAGUGGGAGUUCAGCGCGUGUAAACACGCCGCCGGAGAUGGGUAUCGACGAGGACUACGAAGAAGAGGGUCGAGACGGGCAGCCAGAACACCUUUCCUACGCUUACGUCGUGCAGAAUGGCAGUAGCCGUGGGACAAGGCCAUUGGGCCCGGAUGACCGGAGCGCCGAGGCACGUGCCUGGGAUGGCAAUGCGAGUGAAUGGGGCAGUUUUGGCCAGGGCAGGGCUGCCUUGAUGGGUGUGACGACGAGGCUCAGGCCAAGGAAGAUGUGAGUUGUUUUUCGCUUUGUGUACUGCUCGGCAUGAUGGCCGUAAUUACUGUACAGCGCUGUAUAUUGAUUUUCUUGUGAUUUUGGUUGUACUCUUCAACUUGGCUGUUUGGGCAUGGGUGGGCUUUGUUUUUAGCGUGUUUGUUUUAGGUACGGGCGUAACAUAAAGUAC